AUGUCUUUGGUCGCACCUAGUUCCUUACCUAGGCAUGAUUGGAAUAAUUCUCUCCAGUCCUUGUCUCUUUCUAGAACAAAGAUUCAAAUACAUUUAGAACAUGACUUUAUCAGUAAUUUAAAGUCUCUGGAAACUUUGGAUCUCAGUGCCUGCAACUUUGAAGGUUCAAAUUUGGAAUUGUUUGAUAAGUUGACCCAACUCAUUGAGUUGCGCCUCUCUCAUAAUAAUUUCAGUGGUCAAAUUCCAUCUUCAGUUGAAAAUCUUAAGAAACUCUUGGAAUUAGACCUCUCUCAUAACAAUUUCAAUGGUCAGAUUCCCUCCUCAUUUGAAAACCUCCAACAACUUCAUGUUUUGUACCUCCAAAAUAACAAUCUCAGUGGUCAAAUUCCUACUUACUUUACAAACUUCACACAACUUUCUCUUUUCUCUUUAUCAAAUAAUCUGUUUACUGGCCCCAUGUUCCAAGUAGACAGGCUUUUAAGUCUAUACUACCUUGAUUUAUCCAAUAACUUGUUAAAUGCAACAAUACCAGCCUCUCUGGUUACCCUACCUCGACUGUACACCAUAGUCCUCAACAGUAACCAACUCACCUGUAAUUUUGGUCCAUUCAAGGAUAAUCAAUUGGGAGAAGUCCCUUCUACAACAUGCAAGCUGAAAUCUCUCCAUAUUCUUGGCUUGUCAAGCAAUUGUUUGAAUGGCAUCAUCCCACAAUGUUUGGGAAAUUUUAGCAACGCCUUUUCGAUGUUGCAUUUGGGCAUGAACAAUUUCCAAGGAACCAUUCCUGAACCAUUUUCAGUGGGCUGCAGCUUGAGAUAUUUGAAUUUCAAUGGCAGUCAAUUGCGAAAGAGAGUCCCACUGUCCAUCUCCAAUUGUAAAAUUUGGGAAAUCUUAGAUCUUGGCAACAAUCGUAUAGAUGGCACAUGUCCUCAUUUUCUGGAAACUCUUCCUGAGUUGCAAGUUCUAGUGCUCCAAUCCAAUGAACUCCAUGGCAUGGUGAAAGGAUCCUCUACCAAUUACUCGUUCUCAAAGCUACAAAAUUUUGACCUCUCCAAUAACAUGCUUAGUGGGCCUUUACCUGCAGAGUAUUUCAAUAAUUUCAAAGCAAUGAUGAAUGUUGAUGUGAAAAUGAAAUACAUGGGUUCACCAAAUUAUAAUUAUGAUUAUUCAGCGAGUCUGACGCUCAAAGGAUUGAAGAUUGAAUUGGUGAAAAUUCAAACACUUCCCACAACCAUUGAUUUGUCAAGAAACAAACUACGAUAA